ACAAACAAACAAACGCCGGCAAAAACAUAACGUCCUUGGCGGAGGUAACUAUGGUUAAUUCAAUGAACUCUGCUUCUGGUUGGUUGAGCUUCAAAGCUCGAACCAAACACGUGAUCAGCGGAAGAUGGAGCAAGACCGUCUGCACUAGUGGUUGGACAAACUGACCACAGCCACACAUUUACCUGAUAAUCGGAUCGUCAGUCAGCCAACAUCCCCGCAUGAAAGCCAGAAUCGGCCGAGACACGACUGCUACUUGAAUCAUUUUGGCAUUAAUGGCAAAUAAACCGAGUGGUGUGCGGCUGUCCGUUCACCCAUCCCGAGCUCUUGUGGAUGAGAAGUUUAAAGUGCUGGUCCAAAAUGCUCCUCCUGGGACUGAGCUGACGGUGCGCUCCCAUCUCCUCAGUGAAGACAAACACAACUGGGAGGCGUUUGGACACUACAUGUGUGACAGCACCGGGACACUCAACUUGUGUGAGGACCCCAGCCUGGGUGGGACAUAUGAAGGAGUGGAACCAAUGGGAUUACUGUGGAGCCUCAGACCAGUGCCAGGGAGUAAACCUGGACUCAGGAUGAGGAAGACCAAUGUGGAGACCCCUCUGGAGGUGACAGUGUCAGUGUACCAGGGCCACCUGUCAGAGGGCUUCAAGGAGCAGAGCUGUCUGGCUGCUGUGCUGGUGGAGCGCUGGUACAUGGCUCCUGGAGUCCAGAGGAUACCAGUUACAGAGCACGACCUCACUGCUACACUCUUCCUCCCUCCAGGACCUGGUCCGUUUCCUGCUGUCCUGGACCUCUGGGGAGGAGGUGGCAAUCUAGUGGAGUAUAGAGCGUCUUUACUGGCGUCACAUGGGUUUGCUGCUCUGGCCCUGGAUUAUCUGACCAAUAAAGUCACAAUGACAACUGGAAAAAGGAUGAAGAAUGACUACUUUGAGACUGCCUAUACAUUCCUGGAGCAACAUCCUCAGAUUGUGGGCAGCAGGAUCGCCAUGUGGGGCCUGUCUCUUGGUACAUCUUGGACCUUAAAAAUGGCCGCUUACUCCAAGGUCAUGAAGCUUAGAUGUGCAGUAUGUUUCAGUGGAAGUCACGUUCAGCCAGUGAACGGCAGCAUUGAAGAACUAUUGAACUACAUGAGAAUAAAUCAAGACAAAGUCCGCAUCAAUGGGAAGCAGGAAGCAAUAUUGCAUGAUGUGAUCCUGCCAAUCCCUGAAGACCCUGCAUUCAAAGUAGAUGUGGGACGUGUGCAGUGCCCCCUGUUGUUAGUGGUGGGUCAGGAUGAUCAGAACUGGCCGUCUUUUAUAUCUACUAUGGAUAUAAAGGCAAUGAUGGAGAAGGCUGGGAACAUUCACCUGCUCACUCUGCUCGUAUAUCCCAACGCUGGUCAUCUGAUCGAGCCUCCGUACUCUCCACUCACACGGACCAGUAAUUUCAGACCACUUCAAAGCACAGGCUUGUUCAUGGUGUUGUGGGGCGGGCAGACUGUGGGCCAUGCUCGAGCUCAGGAGGACUCCUGGAGGAAGGCUCUUGUAUUUUUGAGAGAGCACCUUUAUGACAGGAGAAAAACAUUCACAUCAAAUCUAUAAGAUCAAUAAAUACAUGUGUAACGUGAUGUGUGGGUCGACUUGUCGACGAAUAGCUUAAAGAGAAGUCCAUGUAUAUGGACAACUGGUAAGGCAGUUAUAAGGCUAAGUGAAGUACCAUC